AUGUCAAGGAAUGAGGACAUCCACACCGACCUCCCAAUCCAGCGAGACAAGGAAGACAUGGAAGGAGAGAUUCGGGUUGGCAGAGUUGAAGAGCAAGACGACGCCGACAGAAGGGAGCAGCAGGUCCUCGCAGACAGGAUUCUUCGGGCAUCUGCGGACCCCUCGGACGAAGAAUCAGGGGCAACUGAAACCAGGGUCAACCCCACCACAGGAGGAGUCAUCGUCGGUCCAGAAACUCGUCCCCGCUCCACCCGCCUCUACCUCACAACUGCCCACGGGGAAGAAGUUGUUAUAGCCUACCACGGAUUCUCCCCUCGCGCCCCCGAUCCAGACGAGAUCCCCGAGCCAGAAGAGUUCCACUCCCAGCAGCAGCACGACUGGGCGAUCAUGGACGCAUGGCACCAAGCAAACCGGUGA